GAAUAAGGAAGAAGGCAUCCUCUCAAACCCGCCGCCCUCUUCUGAAAACUCAAAAAACACAUACAAGGGAGAGGAGUGGACAUUGGGAGGGAAUUCAAAACCCAUUUCUCUCUUUGAUUGCUUUCCUUGAUUUCUAAGUUACUGAUUUGAUUGUUGGUAUAAUCUCAUUCGUGGGUCUUUUGUCCUUUGAUUUGAAAGAAAAUAAAAUAAAGGAAUUCUUUGUUCUUUCUGUUCUUAGACUAAGACUGAUCACAAAGACACUAUGAAAGACUUGUUUAUGUGAAAAGAAGAGUUCAAGUGUAAAGAAAAGAAAGCAGAGAGAUUGAAGGGGGGAGAAAGUGAGGUUGGGGGCUUUGUAGAGACCGUCAGUGGUAACAAGCACCAGGAAGAAAGACAACUUUAAAAAGUUAAAGAAAAUGAAGUAUGUAUUGGUGACUGGUGGUGUGGUUAGUGGACUUGGUAAAGGUGUCACUGCCAGUAGUAUUGGCGUUCUUCUUAAAGCUUGUGGUCUCCGUGUAACUUCUAUCAAGAUUGACCCUUACCUAAACACUGAUGCAGGGACCAUGUCUCCUUUUGAGCAUGGGGAGGUCUUUGUACUAGAUGAUGGUGGCGAGGUGGAUUUAGACCUUGGCAACUAUGAGCGGUUUCUAGAUAUCAAGCUAACCUGUGACAACAAUAUCACAACUGGCAAAAUAUAUCAGUCUGUGAUUGACAAAGAGAGAAGAGGAGAUUAUCUUGGAAAGACUGUACAGGUAGUUCCACACAUUACCAAUGCCAUCCAAGAAUGGAUAGAGCGUGUAUCAAAGGUACCUGUGGAUGGAAAGGAAGGUCCAGCUGAUGUUUGCGUGAUUGAAUUAGGCGGAACUAUAGGGGACAUUGAAUCUAUGCCGUUUAUUGAGGCACUUGGGCAAUUUUCAUAUCGUGUAGGACCUGGAAAUUUCUGCUUGAUCCAUGUCAGCCUUGUGCCUGUUAUAAAUGUCGUCGGUGAACAGAAAACAAAGCCAACCCAGCAUAGUGUUCGGGGGCUAAGAGGACUGGGGUUGACACCAAACAUCUUAGCUUGUCGUAGUUCAAAGGAACUUGAUGAGAAUGUUAAGUUAAAGCUCUCUCAGUUUUGCCAUGUGCCGGCUGAAAACAUUGUUACAUUAUAUGAUGUUCCAAACAUUUGGCACAUUCCUUUGCUAUUAAGAGAUCAAAAGGCGCAUGAAUCAAUCUUGAAAGUACUGAACCUUUUAGGCUUUGCCAGGGCGCCAGAUUUGCAGGAAUGGACUGCCAGGACAAAAGUUUGUGACAUGCUUCAUGAUCCUGUUAGAAUUGCCAUGGUUGGAAAGUAUACUGGUCUUUCAGAUUCCUACCUCUCUGUCUUGAAGGCUCUUUUGCAUGCUUCAGUUGCUUGCUGCCGGAAGCUUAUUGUAGAAUGGGUUGCAGCUGGUGAUCUAGAAGAAGUUACUGCAAUAGAGGCUCCUGAUGUUUAUAAUGCUGCAUGGAAUCUUUUGAAGGGAGCUGAUGGUGUCCUAGUACCAGGAGGGUUUGGUGAUAGAGGGGUACAAGGAAAAAUCCUUGCUGCAAAAUAUGCUCGUGAAAACAAAGUUCCAUUUCUGGGCAUUUGCUUAGGAAUGCAAAUUGCUGUCAUUGAAUUUGCCCAAUCUGUUCUUGGGUUGAAUAAUGCAAACAGUACAGAAUUUGAUCCUGAAACUUCUAAUCCUUGUGUCAUAUUUAUGCCCGAGGGUUCAAAAACACACAUGGGAGGAACCAUGCGUCUGGGAUCAAGGAGGACAUAUUUCAAGGUUCCUGAUUGUAAAUCUGCAAAGUUGUAUGGGAAUGUCAGCUUUGUUGAUGAGCGACAUAGGCAUAGAUAUGAGGUCAAUCCUGACAUGAUAUCUCUAUUUGAAGAUGCUGGUUUGUCAUUUGUUGGCAGAGAUGAAACUGGUCGGCGAAUGGAGAUUAUCGAAUUGCUUGGUCAUCCAUAUUUUGUUGGUGUUCAGUUUCACCCUGAGUUCAAAUCUAGGCCAGGAAAACCUUCUGCUGUUUUCUUAGGACUUAUAGCAGCAGCGUGUGGGCAGUUGGAAUCUGUCUUAAAAAGUUUUGGCCACGCAAGCAAGCUGUCAAAUGGAUUGAGCAAUGGAAAAUCAACUGCAAAAGCAUACCAAAACGGAAAUGGUGUUAAGUCUUGCAAUGGUUCAUUGAAUGGCGUGUAUAGCAAUGGAAAUGGUGUGCAUUUUUAAGAAAGCACAAUGAACAUGGCAAUGCACCUCUAGUUUUGGUAAUCAGUCUCUCGAAGCACUUUCGGUAGUCUUCGGUUCUUUUGUACAGCAGCUGAGUAUGGUGGGGUAUUUGUUCAUUUCUGAAGCAGACUUAUUAUAGGAUGAAGCUGGAUUAAGAAUGACAGCUUAUAAUCUCCGGUCUAUCAGUGAACCUGGGAUAAGGUAGUAAUGUUGCAUCACCCUCUUGUUGCAGCAGGUUUCCUUCCUUUUUUUACUUCACUUAUUUCUAUAGUUGGAAUUUUGGCUGUAUGUCGCUUGAGGAAAAUGUUACUAGAGUUUCUGUUGUAGGACCAUCGUACAAAUCAAUGUUGGUUGUAGUGAAUUGCUCUAAUUGAAGCAUGCAUCCUUCUUUGUCAUA